UACAAAGAACUACUUCAUUUACAAACCAAAAAGGUUUAUCAUCAUCAUCAUCACCACCAUGCCUGCUUCUUCGGAUAAAGUAACGAGACAAGUAAUCAAGAAUGUUUUAGCAAAGCUUCAGAAAGAAGGUGAAGGAGCUCUCAUUAGGAACGGCAUCACAGAGAUUGACCAGGCGUUGCUGGACCCGUUCGUGCUACUAGUUGAUAUUUCAUUUUCGCUUCCAGCUGGAUUCGCAGAUCAUCCUCACCGAGGUUUUGAAAGUGUUACUUACAUGCUAAAAGGAGGUAUCAUUCACAAAUAUCUUAAAGGUCAGGAAAGUACAAUCAAAGCCGGAGAUGUUCAGUGGAUGACAGCAGGAAGAGGAAUCAUUCAUUCCGAGUUUCCAGAAGAAGAAGUCAACAAUGGCUUACAGCUUUGGAUCAACCUUCCUUCCAUACACAGAAUGAUCGAGCCAAAGAACCUAGAACUGUCAAGUUUAGAGAUUCCAAGAGCUGAUAAGGAUGGAGUAGAGGUAAAAGUUAUAGCUGGAGAUUCAAUGGGAAUCAAAUCUCCUUACUACACAACAACACCAAUCAUUUUCCUCGACUUUACCCUCAAGGCAGGAUCUCAAACCCACCAAACCGUCCCAGAAUCUUGGACUGCUUUUGCCUACAUUUUAGAAGGUGAUGAGGGUGUGUUCGGUUCCUUGAACUCUUUGGCUAUUCAGGCGCACCAUGUUGUUGUGUUUGGUCCCGGGGAUUUAGUUAGCGUGUGGAACAAGUCAGCCUCUAGGGCAUUGAGAUUUCUGUUGAUUGCAGGGGAACCGAUCGGUGAGCCUUGGGUUCAGUGUGGCCCGUUUGUGAUGAGUUCGCAGGAUGAAAUCGAUAUGGCUUUUGAGGACUAUAAGAAUGCUAAAAACGGGUUUGAACUGGCUAAGAGUAGAUAGAGGUCACAGAGAAAAGAAUUUGUUAGCAUAAAACAAAUGAUUUGUUUUUUGAGUUUUGUUUUCUUUAGAGACUAAAGGGAGAUAAUAAAAAGCUGGUAAGACUCAAGAAUCUA